AUGAAAACUCAAAGGUGGUGGCAGCGGGAGAGCCGAGAAGAGUGGCCGAGAAGAGCAGCCGGGAGAGCGGGCCAGCGAGAGCGCGGCGAGGACGCGGCGUGGACCUCGGGGCCGAGUGCCGAGGGGCGGUGGCGGAGCGAGGGUGUGAGUCGCGUCACGUGGGCGAGUGCGUCUCGCCGGCUGCUCUCGGCCGCAGCCGCGGCGUGGGACUCGGCCUCGGCGCCCGGGGCGAGAAGCGCUCUCGCGGGGUCCUCGGUGGCCGGCAUGCGAAACCGGGUGGGACAGUCGCUGCUCCCUUGCUGGAUUUUCUGCCCUGGCCGCCGCGUGGUUACACCGCCGUCUCGCCCCCUUGUUGCCGCUCUGCUUGGCUCCCCCGAGGCUGCCGCAGUCGGGCAAGGUCCCGCCGCUCUCGCUGCUGCUCUCGCUGGUGCUCUCGCUGCCACAGGGGCCACAGUGCUGCAAGCGCCAGCUCCGUCUCGGCCGCCCCCCCGCUCUCGCCUGUGCCUCAGCGAGGCCGAUCCCAGUGCGCGGCCAGCCAGCGCCGUUGGCGUGGGUCUGUUCCCGUGUCUGCCCACGGGACACCGGGCCAUGCUCCCACGUGUCUUGCAUUUCCCCAUGUGUCCUGCCAGCGGCGGGUCACAUCGUGGACAAACUCGGCUGCUGGACAACCCAACCCAACCAACCAAGUCGAUCGAUCAGUCGAUCACCUGGAUGGGCGACGUCGGCUGGUGUACGAGAUAUGUACCUGGUGGUGGCUCGGCUGGAUGUGGUCGCUCUCGUGGGAGAUUGCAGGCCGAAGCACAGCACAUGGAGAGGAUUGAACCGGCAGUGUUGCGAAUGCUGAGCGCCCGCGUAACGAUCGAGCUACAGAAUGUCGAUUGA